UUGUCUUAUGUGAGAGGUUAUUGUAUUUGGUCACCAACCGUUUAAUGUUUCUAAAAGCUAUAUAUUUAACUUUUCUAUUUUUAAUUAUGGUAGAGGAAGUAGUACUGUGUAAUAAUUUUACAAUAUACAGGAGAACAUCAAUCAUGAAAUAUCGUUAUAAUGUCUAAUUAUGGUAAUAACAGCGUAUUAUAACUGAAUAGGUUGCAUUAGAAUCACAUUCAACGUUUUUUCCUUGUGAGGUUCGAGGUUAUAAAAUAGUCGUGUUUCUGUUUAUCGUAUUUUAGUAAUAAGGACAAAAAACAGUUAAUCAGUGUGACUUUUCAUUUUUUAUACUUCAUCUUGUAACAUUGGUGUUCACGUGAAAUAGUAAACCAAAUUAUUUAAUUUAUAGUUAAAAGGAAUAUAGGUAUUUUUUUUUAAAUUUCGUUAAUAAAACGUGCAAAAAUUGAAUAGAACAAUAUGAAAGUUCGUUACGUAGAAUGUACUACAUGUGUGUGUAUAUGCACUAUUUUGUUCUUGAAGUGAUCUGUUAAAGUUGAUAUUGCCAUGUCAAAGAUAAAUUGCAAAAAUUGGUAAUUAUUAGAAACAAAGAAGUUACUAUGACGGCAGUAGUUUAAAUUUGCAUACAAAAAAAAUUUACGUAAUAUGCUAUAUGCACGAUUCAAUUACGAGAUUCGUUAUUUUAUGAAUGCAUGUUGCAUGGUCAACUUUUUCCUUUAAGCUUUUUGCAUGAACCAAUCAGAAUUCGCGAAUGUGUCUUAAAAGAAAAUGGCUAACUCGCCAUGUCGCUGGGUUCGAGCGUAUCUUUGCGCGUCGUUUUGUGAACCCCGUAGUCUGCAAUCACGUUGACGUCUGUCGCCAUUUCCUCGCAGGAGGAUUCUGUUCAUUUACCUACUUUCUAAGCUAUGGCAGAAGGGAAUGGAGAGAUAAAAAUGGAAGAGAAGCAAUCUAAGGAGGAAAUGGAAUAUGUAGAAAGAACAGAAGACUAUGCAAAAUUAAUUCAAUAUGGAUUGGAUGAAAAAGUAGCUGCUAAACUGGAUGAAAUUUAUAAGACAGGAAAGUUAGCUCAUGUAGAUCUGGAUGCAAGAGCAUUGGAUGCGUUAAAGGAAUUUCCUGUAGAGGGUGCAUUAAAUGUACUCAUACAAUUUCUUGAAUCUAAUUUAGAGCAUGUAUCAAAUAAAUCUGCAUAUCUUUGCGGUGUAAUGAAAACGUACAGACAAAAAAGUCGAGGUGGACAAGGUACUGGUACCAGCACGACUCCAAAAGCACCAGACGAGGAUAAAAUAAAAAUGAUUCUUGAACGAACUGGGUAUCCAUUGGAUGUGACAACAGGGCAAAGAAAAUAUGGAGGACCUCCUCCAAAUUGGGAAGGUCCAACACCAGGAACUGGUUGCGAGGUGUUCUGUGGAAAAAUUCCAAAAGAUAUGUACGAAGAUGAAUUGAUUCCAUUAUUUGAAAAAUGUGGAAAAAUUUGGGAUUUGAGAUUAAUGAUGGAUCCAAUGGCAGGUUGCAACAGGGGAUAUGCAUUUAUUACUUUUACUAAUAGGGAAGCAGCACAACAAGCUGUUAAAGAGCUCGAUAAUCACGAAAUAAAACCCGGCAAGAAUCUGAAAGUAAACAUUAGCGUUCCUAAUCUACGACUUUUCGUGGGGAACAUACCAAAGUCAAAAGGCAAAGAGGAGAUCUUGGAGGAAUUUGGUAAAUUAACAGCUGGCCUGACGGAGGUGAUUAUCUACAGUUCGCCGGACGAUAAGAAGAAAAACAGAGGCUUUUGCUUCUUAGAGUAUGAAUCUCACAAAGCUGCUUCUUUGGCGAAGCGAAGACUGAGCACUGGCCGAAUCAAGGUGUGGGGCUGCGAUAUUAUAGUCGAUUGGGCUGAUCCUCAAGAGGAACCUGACGAACAGACAAUGUCCAAAGUACGUGUGUUAUAUGUGAAGAACUUGACGCAAGAUUGCUCGGAGGAGAAAUUAAAAGAGUGUUUUGAACAGUACGGUAAUAUCGAAAGAGUGAAAAAAAUCAAAGACUAUGCUUUUGUACAUUUCGAAGAAAGGGAUAAUGCUGUUAAGGCAAUGAACGAAUUAAAUGGAAAAGAGAUCGGAGGCUCUCAUAUAGAAGUAUCUCUGGCGAAACCACCAUCCGAUAAAAAGAAAAAGGAGGAGAUGCUUCGUGCCAGAGAACGAAGAAUGUUUCAAAUGUUACAAGGUCGUAGCGGAGGUUCCCCGUCGCAUCCGAGCAUGAUGGGAGGACCGAUGCCAAUUCGAGGACCUGGUCAGGGUCCUCGAGGUACUGGUGCAGGUAUGCGAGGACAGAUGGGACGAGGUGAUUAUGAUUAUGAUUACGACUAUUACGGUUAUGGGGAUUAUCGAGGUGGCUACAGUGAUCCAUAUUACGAUGACUAUUAUCGAUACGAAGAUUACUAUUUCGAUUACGCGCCGCCUCCGCCACCUGCCAGAGGGAGAGGCAGGCAGCCUCAACCGGCUGGACGUGGUCGUGGAGUAGUCCCGCGUGGCCGAAUCGGUGGCCCGCAAGUCCGUGGGCCAGUCAGGGGGGGACGCAACCCCGCAACUUCAGGGGCCCGUGGGGUCCAGCGGCUGUCCGCUCGUGGGGGGGUCCGCGCCAAGGGAAGUUUACCAGGUGAGGAUGCAGGUAAACGAAAAUUUGACGGGGGUCACCAGAACCAGGGGGAAUCUAAGCGUCGCUUCCAGAGCAACUGGGGAAACCAACCCCUCGCUCAGCAACCACUGGGCAAUGCGUACGGAUUGGCGAGUGUGAAUGGUGGCAGUGGUGGUGGUGGCGGCGGUGACAUUGGAUUUGGAGGCAGGACCGCUACGCUCGGCGGUAUUUCCAGUGACGACCACGAGUGGUAUCAAGACUCUUACCAAUCGUGGAGCUAACUUCUGCAAGUUUGUGAGUGAACACGCACGCACGUACGUAAACACGCACGCACGCACGCACGAACGAACGAACGAACAAACAAACAAAUGACGGAUAAACUAUGAGAAAAGCGAUAAAAAGCAACGGAAAACCAACUGAACUAAACUUAAAAAAAUUAUAUAUAUAUAUAUAUAUAUAUACAUAUAUAUAUAAAAAAAAAGGUAAUAUAAUUGUGAAAGAAGAGCGAGGAGCGCAUAAUAAGCGAUAGAAGAAAUGAUUACGGUAGAGAAAGAUUUGAAACGAAGGAGGAUAUAAUCCACUUAUAUAUAUAUAUAUGCUAUUUAUUAUAUCGAUCUGGUAAUUGUACAUGUUUUCGUACGUAUUCAGUCAUCGGAUGGACAAGACAAGUAGGAAAAAAAAAAAAUAUGCGUAAAGCGUCGUGCGCUCGGCGUCACCACCAUCGCCCGCUAUUGUUGUGAUUAUGUAUACAGUGAUGUGCCACUGGGACUAAUUAUUACAUCGGAGUGACCACCCAACAACCCACCCCGUACUACUAUUAUUAUUAUUAUUAUUAUUAUUGCUAUUAUUAUUAUUAUAAUUAUAAUAAUAAUUAUUAUUAUUAUUAAUGUUAUUAUACAUAUACGUAUAUGUAUGCAUAUAUAUGCGUGUGAAUGUGGGAUGUGUGCGUUCUGUCUAUAUACGUGAAUGUUUUAUAUACAUCGUAUGUAUGAACAUUACAUAUAAUGUAUAUAUCGCAUACGCGGAUAGGCAAACGCAUAUACAGCCUCGUAUGAUCCUGUGUAUGUACGCCUCUGAGAGUACAUGCGAGCAUGUAUGGUACGUAUGGAUGUAUGUCGGACGUUGUACGGAUGCAUGUCCGCGUAUAUAUGAAUGCAUAUAUGUAUAUUAAUUUUUAAGUACUACUACAUUGUCACAUUGUUUACUGCCAAGUGAUACACGAAGAUCAGCGAUGUUGACGUUAGGAUUGUGAUGGCUUGUACUAAUUAAGAGAAAUCAGUGAAGCCUGCGAUUUUAUUAUUGCUGCGGUUCAGUGUUGCAAGUAUACGUGUGUAAGAGAACGCGUGUGUGUGCGUGUGUGUGUGAGCGUAAAGGAUAGCGAUCGAAGGAAGAGAAAAGGAAUCGAUAGUAAAGUUUAAGAUAAAAGUAUAGACGAAAGAACUCGAGUAACCAGGGAAUUUAGUGUAAUGAUAUAAUGGAAGUGGACGACGGUGGACGACGGCAGACGAUACGGGAAAGAAAGGCGAUGCAAGAAAGUUAAGGAAGAAUGAAUGGCGGUAGUAGGAUGUUGCGAUAGAGUUGUGACGCGUGAAUGAGAUAUUGCAAGUAUCGAUAUAGUGAUAAAUUUGAAUAAUUUUUGUAAGGUUGAGGAAGGUGGAACUGCGCGUGUACGUUUUAUGCUGCGCGUGCGCAUACUUGCGCACGCAUACGCGCAUGCGUACACGCGGCCGUGCGCGAAUGUACGGUGUGUCGUGUAUGCGUGGAGCGCGCCAAGCGCCGCUAGACCUUCUAUUGUUGGUCUAUAAUGUGUACAGUCAGUGAAACUAUUAUUAUUAUUAAGGGUCAGGCGGGUUUUAUGGAAGUAGGAACUGAAAGGUUUAGGAAUCAACGGUUCUGCAGACAUUUAUCGCAUUCGAUCGGUUAUAAUUACGAAAUAACGCGUCAGACGGAAGAACGAAACUUUAAUCGAGACAAAAUUGUUUGUUAAGUACCGCGCAUAUGUGUAAUAUUUGUUUUUUUUUUUUCUUUUUUUUCGGUGGUAGUGUUACAAGAGCGGAAAUUAGUCGAAAUUUUAAAUGAUGUUUGUUGUUUCUUUGCUUCUUCGUGUUCUUUUUUUCUUUCUUUUCUUUUCCUUUUCUUUUUUUUUUUUAAAUCUGAGAACGAAACAAAGAACCGUUGAAUACAUACAAACGAGUGUACGGGAUGAAUAGAAAAAAAAAGCAUAGCUUAUAUGUUUCGUUUUCCUUUUUUUCUUUUUAAAUCUUAAAAUUUUACUUUCAAAAUUUUUAUGUUACGUUUCAUCGCGUGAUUCGUGCAACGCUAAUGCGCGCUCGCGCAAAUCUUUUUAGAUAACGACUGACUACUGAAAUUUGAUAAUGAUAGUCACGGAUUGAUUUAGGAUGUGUAAAGUAAACGCAACGUUUACAAAUGCAUGAACGCAUACAGCACACAUUUUGAGUGUUGACUCGUUGUUAUUGUUAGCCUGUUAGUUAAUUAGUAAGAGUUGUAAGUGCGGGCUUAUAGUUGGUCCCUGUCCCUGGAGCCCAGACACCCCCCUGUUCUGGAGAAUAUUUGAAAAGGAAAUAUAAGCAGAAGCUUGAUACCAUUUUACACGCAAACCCCCCAAACUUAUUACGAUGAAAAAGGUAGAAAGUUGAACAAUUAAUGAGAAACAUUAAAAUUCGUUUGUAACGAAGCGACUGCAUAUCACCGUAUUGUUCUAUCGUGUAGCAUGAGAAAACGAAUCAGCACAUACAUCGGCUCUGUUUGAAUAUUACAUACAUAUGAAAAAAAAAAAGAACCAACGUACAUAAACACACAUACACAUGUACAAGUAGAUACCAGAAAAAUGCAGUUUCAUAUGGAAGCGAUAGAAAUUUCAAUACGUAAGAAAAAUGAAAAACAAAAAAAAAAAAAGAAAACACGAAUUCUGUCCACUGAGUUUUGAAACAAUCGAUUUUCAAGAACGAAUAGCUUUGAAAGCGAUCGAUUAGUUGAAAACUUAUCGCAUCGAUGAGCAUUUUGUUACAUUAUUAUUAUUAUUAUUCGCUUUUUACUUAAACUUCAUAUUUCUUUGCCAUCGAUACUAAUAGCGAUGAUAUGAUAACUGUAACAUAAAGAUCGAAGGCCCCUUACUUUUACUUCCUGUCCCCAGUCAUGCGGUCAUUGUCUAACGGAAAGAAGCAACCGGGAGUGUGAGCGGGAGAAAUAGAAGAAAUCGAAUUUAAGAGUGAAAGUGAUCGAUCGGGUGAGAGGGAGAGAAAGAGAGAGAGCGAGUGAGAGGGAGGAUGAUGGCAAGGAUGGUUGGAUGGAAGGGAAGAAAAGGGAUUGAAGCGAAUGAAAGCAAAAGGAAGAUAGAAAAAAAGGAGCCAGCAGUUGAAAAAAGAAAAAAACAGAAACCGAUAUUUUACCUGUACUGGUUAAAUAUUAUUGCCUUUUAUUCCUUUAGUCCUCCUCCUCCUCCUCCUCCUCCCCCUUCUCCUCAUCUCCUAUAAACUCUUCAUUAUUCACUUACCAUAUUUUAUACCUACCUAUUCUACUUACCUACACAUGUCCUAUUUAUAAAAUCAUACUAUCGAGGAUAUAAUAAUAUUAAUAUUAACGAUACGAUAAGGAUAAUAUUGCUAAUUAUACUGAGUGGAUUUUUGUAACACAAUAACAUUUCAAUAUAAAUUCUGGUUUUCCUUCGAAAUUUGUAGUAAAGGAAGAUUAUAUACAUAUAUACGAAGCAGGCAGGCAGGCAGGUAGGAAACAAAGAUGCAAGCGAGAAAGAAAGAAAGAAAGAAAGAACGGACGAACGAAAGAAAGAAAGAAAGAAAGAAAGAGAGAAAGAAAGAGGGAAAAAAAGGAAACAAAUUCAGCUUGCGGGGGCAAGGAAGCAUAACCUGGCAAAAGCAGAGGCAGUUCACGGUGACGAGACUUUAGACUGAUCUAGGUACUAGCGUUACGAUAUUGGCCCUACCCCAGCCUUAAGGUGCCCCAACAAUUAUAUCAUUUACCCUCUUUGCGCUAUUUUAUACUUUGACCGGUGUGUGGCAGCUGGGGUGCCUGGGGGGUUAUCGGUCGCAUUUAGGAUAAAAUGCACCACUGUGGCUGACAAUGCAGUAGCCACGCGCGCCCUUUUACCCGGUCAUUGACCUAAUUCGCGGCACACAUCCUUGGGAACUUGACUCUUUUUUGGUUGGCCCGUGUCAAGCGGAUGUUGUGUGAUUUUUGGGUCGCUCAAUUUAUGUUAAUAACGGCCCAAAGAUGUGUUUUUUAAUUAUAUAUAAAAUAUAUUAUAUAUUAUAUUCCUGCGAAUAUGCAUUUUGUGACGUGAUGUUAUAUAGCACUAAUGAGGAAAACAAAUAACAAACGAUAAACAAACAAAACAAGCAAACACAUAAAACAAAAAAAAAAGGAUAAAAAAAUAUGAACAAUUGUGUACGAAAAGAAAAUGAAAGAAAAAAUGUUUAAAAAAAAAAAUAACGAAAUACGUAACACUAUUCACACGAAUAUAAACGGUUUAUGUUUCUCGCGCCACAUGCCACAUGUCAGCUCCAUGGCUAUAAAAAAGAAAAAAAAGUUUCUUACAAAUUUCUUACGACCAAAUUCUUCUAUCGUUAGUAAUUGCGUUUUCAGAUUAUUAAUUCUCUUUUUUUUUUUUUUUAAUUAUUCAUCUUCCAAUUGCUUUGCUUUUUUUAAUUCCCGCAAUUUUAAAAGUUGCCCAUAAUUUUAGUGUGACGUAGUUGAACAUAAUAAUUAUCGAUGAAUUUAAAAACGAUGUUGAAACGGUUCCUUUUUUUCGGGCUAGGAGCUUGAUUUAAAGUGUCAAAGAUUUUUGUGUAUGACCAGAUGUAUUCUACAUGUCUCAAUAAACAGUUGUAUGUGAAUUACCUUUCUUAAA